UUGUUUUGCAGCACAAGGUUUUUGUGGAUCGCUUGUUUGGAUGUUGGAGCAGCUGGCAGAGAGAGAAUGGGCUGGGGGCGUGUUUGACACUGAUGCGGCUCUCUCCAUUGGUGGAUAGCUAUCCUGGUUACCAACCAACAACUGGGCACAUGAGAAAACACAGAAAACUCGUCAAUUUCAAAGCUUAUGGCUAACAAAGUACUGUUUCCGUAGAUAGUAACCUUGGGGUUCUCAUCUGUGUUCCCUCUGCAACGAUAACCAAGCACAACACAGAUUUCAAUGAUAUUUUUAACAAAACAUCAGCCCUCUCCAAAAUUUGGCAGAGGGUUAUGUGAACAGCCAUCAUCUGCAGCCACACAAUGGAUAACGAGGAGAGUAAGACGUGCCAAGGAGAGAAACUUACCUCUGCUGUCGAUGACACUCUGGAUGAAUAUUUAAUUGCCCUCCAGCACAAAAACAGGAUCUUAAAGCGCCUUAAAGUCAAAGCCCCCAGGGAGAUUGAGUUGGAGAAGCUUGAGCAGGGUUUUUCCAUUUAUCUUAAUGGAGCAAAUGCUGAAGCCAGUAGGAAGCAGCCCAAGAGCACCAGUCAGAAGUCUGUCACCUCUCCACCUGCUUGGAGACCUGCAUGUACAGCAGAUGUCUGUAGAAGCGCCCACCAGCUAACUGAAGAUAGCAGUGGUUUGGAGCAGACACACAGCAAGAGGAGCCACACUGCCCCAGGACAGGUUCAGAGGAAAGAAUGGGUGCAGGAUUCUGUCAGAAUUCGAACAGAGGAAGGACCAUGUUUGCUGGUUUCCCCAGAAAAGCGCUACUCCGAGGAUUUUGAGCCCUACGAAAGUGUAGACAUGGAGAGCUCCAACCAGCGCUCACCUCAUAGUUCCCGCUCCCCAAGGGACACCUCCAAGCUGUCACGCUCGUUCAGCUCCAGACCUGAGAGCCAAGGGGGUCAAGCAGAUCAGGAGCACAGUGAGAAGGUACUUCUCAACCUUGAGGAAGUGAAGGUUCUGCGUCGGAGCCUGGAGGUUAGCAUGCGGCGCAGCAGCCGCGGCUCAGCAGGGGAGGAGUCAGACGAGGAGUGGGUGGAGGAGCAGAUUGAGAGGGAGGACAGCACUGAGAGUCUUGACGAACUGGGGCUGCCUCUCUCAACCUCCAAGUCCUCCUCCCACCGUCAGCCCAGUGGUUCCCAUGGCCAUCUUGACUCAGCAAACCUCAUUGUUCUGGACUUUGGACCCUCACCUAAAGGUCGUAAGAUUGAACGCUCUCUGUCUGCAAAAAGGAAAGAAACCAUUGACACCUUUAUACACACAAAGCCUAUGUUGGUGAAGAGCAAAACAUUAGAUGGACCACCUUCCAAAGACAGCCGGGAUGCUCAAAGGCCAAGGAGUCGCAUAGAGAGGCCCCUGUCUGCAGCCAGAAAGGCUUCUGUUGAGGAGCAGGACCCAGAGGAGAUGGCAUGUAGGGUGCGCCAGGCCAUCCAGAGAGAAAAUGACCCUGUGCAGAGUCCAGAGGUCUUCAGCCGCAACACGGUCAGGGGACACCAGAUGAUGAAUGGCUUAGUGCAUCACAACAUCCAUGACAAGGAUGAGAACAAUGUCACUUUGGCCAUGCAGAGGAUCACAGUCAUGGGUCCCAGGCAACAACAAAAACUGCUGAAAGCCUUGGAGAAACUUGAAACAGGUCCCAGCUACAACAUUGCUCAGAGUGUCAAAACAGACUAUAGCAGCAAGCAGCCGAGAAGGCAGUCCUCAGUAGAGGUCACCCCUGCUUUUUAUGUUACCAUGGAGAUCCUGUCAAACUGGGGGAACGCUUUACAGGUCGGGCUGACUGAGUUGCAGUUCUUCUGCCUCAGAAACAAGAAGCUGUAUGUGUCACCUCAUGACUUAGACAUCAGGAAUGUUGACUACCCUGGGAAUCUGGGGGCACUUGUGAAUGGAAAGGUGAAGACCACCAAGGAACGUCACAUGUGGACAUGUCCUUUCCACCCUCCCAUCCAGCUCUACUUUAUCAUCAGGAACACAGAGCGCUCCAUUGACUUUGGAAUAUCACGCAUCAAAAUCUGGAACUACAACAGAAGCCUCAAUGAUCUUGACAUUGGUGCACGGCAUAUAAAGCUGUACCUUAACAGCACAUUGGUGUUUGAGGGUGAGCUGGAGAAGGGCUGCGGUAACCAGAUCUUUGAUUACAGCACCUCAGUUGACCUCAAGGAUUUCCAGGUCUCAGACUCCUUGUUCUCCAGCCCCGUGUCUUCAGGACACAGUCUACGGGGUGCCAGCCCCCAACGCCAUGAGGACAGGAGGGGUGGGGAGGGCAGCAGCAACCAUAGUUCAAAUGUGCAGCCAUCAGACACAGGAGGCCAGACUAUGACAGACAUGCAGGAGAAAUCACAUUCAGUGCUACCGCCCAUCACCCCUUCACUGGUGGGUGUUUCAUCCUCUGUUCGUCGCUCCUCCACGCAAAGAAACUCUUUUGACCUGUCUGCCUCUGAAGAGCCCCUCUCUCUCAGGCAGCAGGUGGAGCAGCCUGCAUCCAUAGAGCAGACAGUCACUACCCAGCCAUCCUCCUCACGAGUGGCUCCCCAGUGGCUACAACCCCUCAACAGAGGAGCACCAGAGGGCUGCGAGGCCAGCAGGGAAAGGCCCCGGUGGCUGGUGCCUCAGCAAUCUGCAGAUCCUAAAUCUCUGUCUGCCUCAUCCUCUUCAAUGCUCCCAGAGCUGCCGUGCAACCCAGGCCGAGUGUGUAGGGGUAUGGAGAGGACAGUGAAUGGGGGUCAGUGGAAGGCUAACUCUCUGGAACUGAACUGUGAUUUGCUGGAGGAGCUUGGGGAGCCAAAGCCAGACAGGCCCAUUAGUGGACGCAGGAGCUCAGUCCGAAACACUGCAGUCAGUGGCAGGCAGACAGAGGAGCAGCACCUCAGAGCUGCUGCACUGACAAACACAGAGGAGCCAUUGUCAUUGGUGAGCAGCAGCAGGAGACACUGCACCUCUCUGGCUCAGCUGCACAGCCAACAGGAUGACACCCUUAUGGAGUCCUGGGACUCCCUCACCAAGUUCAACCAAUGCCAACGUGGACGCAUCUCCAACAUGGCCUUUGAAGGCGACAUCUUUGAUGAGUUUCUCCAGCGUCAGGGCCGCGGUCCACCCACAGUGCCAGUAAACCCCUCCACAGCACCAAGGAGCCCACUCUCCUCCUUGUCCACUCAGGGCGCACUGUGUGAAGGCCCUGAUGAUGAUCCAUCCAUGGAGCGCGACGAUGAGUUUGAGAUCCCAGUGCUGCCCCGGGGCCAAAGACUGGUCAUCAACAUCCUGUCCACCUGGGGCGACCGCCACUACGUGGGCCUCAAUGGCCUUGAGGUGUUCAGUUCCAGUGGAGAGCCCCUACAACCUGUUCACAUCAGUGCUGACCCUCCAGACAUCAACAUUCUCCCUGCGUAUGGCAAAGAUCCACGUGUAGUCACUAACUUGAUUGACGGCACCAAUCGCACCCAGGAUGACAUGCAUCUUUGGCUGGCUCCGUUCACCCCUGGUCGUAGCCACACCAUCUACCUAGACUUUGGAGCCUCCUACCAGGUGGCCAUGAUCCGAGUGUGGAACUACAACAAGUCACGCAUUCACUCCUUCCGAGGGGUGAGGGAGGUGGAGAUGCUGCUGGAUGGAAGGUGCAUCUUCACGGGCGAGAUUGCCAAGGCCUCUGGGACCCUAUCUGGAGGGCUGGACCAAUUUGGUGACACUAUCCUGUUCACCACCGACGAUGAGAUCCUGGAGGCUAUGUCUCGUUAUGACGAAACCUUCCUCGGUGAAGGCGAGGGUCCUGAGGGUCUAGUUCAUGAGGAGGAGCUGCAGAGACCACGUACCGCAGAUGGAGAAGGAGAAGAAAGACCCUUCACCCAGGCUGGUUUCCGAGAGGAGGACUUCAAAUUAAAACUCCAGCUCAACCCAACUAUGAGCCAGUCUGAGGAGAACAUGGAGCAUAUUCCUGGGAUGUACACUGGAAAGUGCCUUAGACUAGAGCUGGUGAUGACUUGGGGAGACUCCCACUACAUGGGCCUGACAGGACUGGAGGUGGUGGGGAAGGAUGGAGAGAGUUUACCUUUAGACCUCAGUAUGAUGGCUGCCUCACCACAAGACCUCAAUGACCUGCCUGAGUACCGACAUGACCUGCGCACGCUUGAUAAGCUUAUAGAUGGCAACAACAUUACCACUGAUGAUCAGCACAUGUGGCUGAUCCCUUUCUCCUAUGGAGAGCCCCACACCUUGAACGUGACAUUCAGCAAGGCCCAGACCAUCGCUGGACUCCGUAUCUGGAACUACAACAAGUCCCCUGAGGACUCCUACAGAGGGGUGAAGGUCAUCCAUGUGUUCAUGGAUGAUGUUGCAAUCUCCCCAUCUGAGGGAUUCCUGAUCAGGAAGGGACCAGGCAACUGUCACUUUGACUUUGCCCAGGAGAUCCUCUUUGUAGACUUCCUCCAGAUGCCUACCGACAACAAGAGUGCAGAGGACUACUACAAAGGAAGUUCUAAAAGACGAGAACAGGCCAGCAUGGAUUACGAAGCUCCCAUCAUGCCUUGUGGAUUCAUCUUUCAGCUGCAGCUGUUAACAACCUGGGGAGACCCGUACUACAUUGGCCUCAACGGCCUUGAAUUUUAUGACCAGAACCAUGAGAAGAUCAGUCUCAGUGACAACAACAUCGCUGCUUUUCCAGACAGUGUGAACGUACUGGACAAUGUGAGCGGUGAUGUGAGGACUCCUGAUAAAUUAAUAGACGGAGUCAACAGUACCAACGAUGGAAGACACAUGUGGUUAGCCCCGGUGCUCCCUGGACUGGUGAACCGUGUGUACGUCAUCUUUGAUCAGCCAGUGACAGUGUCCAUGAUCAAACUGUGGAACUAUUCAAAGACACCACAGAGGGGAGUAAAGGAGUUUGGGCUCCUGGUGGAUGACCUCCUGGUGUAUAAUGGCAUUCUGGACAGUGUAAGCCAUGUGGCACGUGGCAUUCUGCCCACCUGCGAUCCAGUGGUGCCCUACCACACCAUCCUGUUCACGGACAACUCCUACAUCGCACACCGUGAGAGGAACACUGUCAUCAGCCCCCGUGGCAGAAGACACCACCACCAACAUAAUUACAUGGAGGAGGAUCAGGAUGUGAAGAUGACCAAUGAGAAUCAGAUAGUCCAUCACAAUAAGAAGAAGCAAACAGCAGAUCCAGCUCUUCGGCCUAAAACCUGCAUGACUGAUGGCGGGAAGCAUGGAAAGCGGAGGUACUGAUGGACAGGUGACUGACUGACAGAUGUGGAUUCAGUAAGAAAAUGUGACCCCCUUGUUUUUUUGGUGGGUGAAAACUUUCCAAAGCAAAGCAACCCAGCUAUGGUCCAGACUGAGGAGGACGGAGCUUUCACAGAAAACAAUGGGUUUGCACACACACACACAAACACACGAUUCCACUUGGUUGGUUGGAUUACUCCCCUUCCCCUUGCUGUGAAAACAUGCCCAACCCCAGAUACAUGUUAUGCUGAACACUUACUGUAGUACUGUAUGGUUAUUCCAGUUGCCCCCCCCCCCACACACCCCCACAGUGCCAGGAUAAACCUGUGAGGCUGCAUUUUUAUCAGCCCUAUUAUUGUGCCUAGUACUAAACACUAUAUCUGUGGCUGCUACUUGUGACUUUUGUGCUGCAUAUUUAAAUGCUGCUUGUGGAUUGUAAAUACUGAAAAAAGGGGGGGAAAGUUCCAAAGCCACAUUAAUACACCCUCACAUCAGGAUGUGGCCAAUGCUACAUUUGUUAUUUAUGACUUUUAUCCACUGAUGAGCCUAGACGAUCAGCUCUUUGCCUAAUGGAUAUUAGGACUGACCUGACUAACACCACCCCCAUGCACCAACCAAUCGUAAUGCUAUGCAGACACUGAUUUAUAUCUAUUAAUAAUUUAUAUCUGUUGGCUAAUAUAUUUGAAAACUUAAUGGUUUUCCUUGGGGAGGUGCUUCCACUGAUGUUUUCACCUUCGGAAGAUUUAUAUGGAUGGCUUAAGUGGUACACUUGUAGUUGAAAAACAGUACAGUGGUCAAAUUUUUGUACAUUUCAGCUUGAUUAAAAUUAAAACUGAAGCUUCAGGCUCCGCACUUGAAUAUUUGACAUAUAUUUGGUUUCACAAAAUUAGGUCAGUAUAUUUUUCCUGCAUAGCGACAGGUUGAAAAAAGUAAACUGUUUGCAAUCCAAGUGACCUUUUAUUGAAGUUGCUGUAUAAGUUAGAUUAUUUUGGAAGCAAACAUUUCUUGAGCUAGUAAAGCAGUUUCAGUUGUUUGGAAAUGGAAAAAAAUAAAUCUACAUUUGUGAGUUUAGAUGACAAGUAGAUUCAGUAACAGGCAACUUCUAAUAUGCAAAUACUAUAACUUUACCUCAAAUUGAGAAGAAAAAUCUUUUAAAAGGGAUUUAUCUGAUUCUACCUUCACUAUAAUACUUGAUGUUGUUAUGUUCAUUCACUCAGUAUUUACUGUACUAACUUGUUGCAUGGGAAAGUCUUUUCAGCAUUAGCUGCUGUUAUCAUCUAUAAUGUUAGAUACUUUGGGUUUGGAAGAGUUUUUACUGCUUCAUUGAGCCCCAAUAUAAACAGUUUCACACUCCUUACUCAUAACAGGAGUAAUUGUACAUGAAAUGCAGUUUUAUGUAUUUAAUUUCAGCGUGUCCAACUGCAAAAAUAGUCAUUACUCUGUAACUCAGUCCUGCAUUGUUGGGUUUUGGCUAUUAUUGUAGUGUGGCGUUUAGUGUUUUGAAAUAUUUAAUUAUUUUUCUAAUCUCAAUUAAAUAUGUAUAUUUGAUGUAGGUUUAUUUGAAUGAAUAAAAUUUUCAAAAUAGA